UCGCUCUCGCCAUGAAGCCCCCGAUUGCUGAACUCUUCCGCCGCAACCCUCUUGUAUUGCUUUUCCAUCAAUCACUCCGCGCGACCAACUACUACUUCUUGGUACCCCAAAGAUCCGAUCCUUCCCAGACCCUAACCCUAGCGAUGGGGAGCGAGGGGCCUUCGAGGCGGCCGUUUUGCCUACAUUGCGACAAGCCCGCCCGCACCUGCCUCUGUUCUCGGUUUCAGUCGCCGCCGCUCGACAACUCGAUCGGCGUGACGAUCCUUCAGCACAGCUUGGAGAAGAAGCACCCGCUCAAUUCGACGCGAGUCGCUAAACUGGGGCUCAGGAACCUGGAUGUUGUCCCCGUUACCGAUGUUAAUUUUCAUGCUCAGCUCUUUGUUCGCCCUCUUGAACGCGGUCUGGACUGCCGGGAGGAGCCGGAAGCAGAGGAAAGUUCGGAUUUUUCAGUUGCCCCUAUGAGUGAUUUAGGUCAAGGAGUUGCAUAUCAUGACACCAAUGUUAACUGCGGUUGCGGUGCUGCUCAUUCAAGUAACCUUCAUAAUCCAUCAAAAAUACCCGAUGCGUAUCCUCCUCUUACGUUCCAUAAGCAGAAUUCAUAUUCCUCGUUGUCCGGGUCUGAAAGACUCGAUUUUGAUCGUCAUGGAGACUAUCCAAUAGAUGCAGAUGAUGUGGUCACAAUAACAUCGGCUAAAUAUACAGUAACAUGCUCUGGUAGUGAUAUAAAAAUGAUAGUUGAGCGUUCUGCCAAACCCAAGAUCGAUUGGAUUUUACAGACUCCGAUUGGGAGAGCAGCGAUUUCAAAUGGGUUUGUGGUUAAGAAGAUGCAGAGGAAGGAACUGCAACCCACCAAAGAAUUUCAAGAUUUUAUAGAAUUUGAGAUCCUGGUGCCCCCAGGAACGGCACUUCUUUUUCCUAGUGAUAAAGCUAUCUGUACGAAAGCUGUGGAAUUUGAGGUGAAGCAUUUGGUGGUUUUAGAUGGUACAUGGCCAAAGGCAAAGAGGAUUUACCAUGAGAAUCCCUGGUUACAGCUUUUACCUCAUCUGAAGCUGGAUCUAGGAGAGGAUAGCUUAUAUGGUGAGGUGAGGCAUCAACCUAAGGCAGGUUGCUUAUCUACCAUCGAGAGCAUUGUUUGUGCCCUGAAGGAAUUGGGGGGUGACAUGGAGGGGUUGGACAAUCUUUUGGAUGUUUUUGGGUCCAUGAUUGGGGACCAAAGGUUCUAUAAGGAUGAAAAGUUCCGAAAGAUGUGUCUUAAAUAAAUGUAUAUGAUGGUUGCACUUGGUUCUUUUAUUUUUUAUUGGAACUGAGGAAAAAGUGGAAGAAAUGGAAGGUUGAAUGAUCUUUUGGAUUUUUUGGUGAUGUAUCAAGAGGUGCUUGUACUCUAGGAUCAAGUACUUGUCAAAAAAGGACCACUGACUAAGAGAGAUCACUUGGUUUGGAUUAUGUUAUUCUUUGAUUGUUCAAUUGAUUUUUGAUUAUUUGAAGGUGUACCAUUAGAGAGAUCUUUUAAUAGAUACAAAUAUUGAUGUAUGCUGAUCCUUCUUGCUUUGCUGUUUCAAGUAAUUGGCUGGUUCAGUUCCGGCUCCAAGCCACACCUAUUGUAGCUUAAUAAACUAAAUGCAAUCACUUCUUUUUCCUCUUAGCAUCUAA